AUGAGCAGGAGAGUUUGUGGAGUCAGAUUUGCACAAGUCAUGUUAGGGCCUAAUCAACCUCAGAGCACUGAGAAAAUGGACCAGUCUCAGGAAUCAAAAAAUCAAAGAGGGGAAACGAUUGCCUCAUUUGGUGAAGGAUAUGCAAUGAGGUCUAAUGAAGAAGGAUUUGGAGGAAUCUAUGGAGGGAACCGGAUUAUUUCCAAGGAGGAUGAGGAAAAAAUUGUUCAUGGAAAUGUCCCGGAAUACGACAAAUCUCAAGGGAGUGAAGUGAAGGAGAAGGAAAGAGUGAUUAGCCAGAACAAAGUUGAAUCGUAA